AUGUCUACACCUACUCCCACCAACUCGCCCGCCACUUCGCCCACCAAGCCCAGCAGGACGGCGGCGGCACCGACCCCCAACAGCUCCCCCACACGGGGGCCCAGGAUCGGUCCUCUCCCCUUGCCGCUGGCAGCCCCCAAGGCCGGCACGGAGGCGCCACCGCCAACACUCAGCAGCUCGCCCACGCGGCGACCCAAGACCCGCCGCCGUCCGGCUUCGUCGCCGGCAGCAACCCCCAAGCCCCGGGAGCAGGGCAUCAAGUCGGACGAGGCCAUCCGAAUGGCCAAGAAGGACUUUGGAGUGCGGUGGGAGGACACGGCCGAGGAGCGCCAGCGCCGCGUCGAGGAGAAGAGGCACCGGCGCUGGCUUGACGCCGCCGCGGUCACGAGGACAAGGUCUUUCUGCGCCGUGCGGUCGAGGGCUGGAGGCAGCAGAGGCUGCGGGAGGCUCCUUUCGACGGAGGUCAGCGCCGGGAUCAGGGCGCUUGAUCUCGUGGCGGAUUGA